AUGGGUGUCCGCCGUCUCAAACGACUCUCGCGUGCGGUCCAAGACAUCAACAUCUUGAGCGACAUUGAACCAGUUGAUAAUCGGUUCAGAUGUUUGAUUGAAGAUUAUGGACGACAUGUUGUCCUGAUGGGUGUUGAGGCAAACGCCUGCUCUGAAUGGUCUGAAUGGACGUCCGCUUGGGUUACAAAAGAUGUUGAAAUGUGUGAUAUCUUCGAGAUAUUGAUCUGCGAAUCGCUGUCGAGUUCGCUGUUAUUUGCGUUAACCAUAAGCUGUUCGUUGAGUCUGUCGUUCACUACAACACUAUUUGUCUGUUUCUUCGACACUCUGUCCACUUAUUAA